AUGUCGAACGCUAGUAACAAAAAAGCUUUAGAAUUACUCUUUGAUCGUCCUUUGGAACCCGUCUUUACAGCGAGAGAUGAUGGCAAGGCGGUUUUUGACCUACCUGAAAGCUUUUAUAAUGAACAAUAUUCGGAUGUAAAGGACGACAUUGGAUCUCGGUUUGGCGAUGGAUUUGAAGUUCGAAUUCCUGUACGUGAUCUACCGCAAAAGCCAGAUUUAAAAUUUGCUCAAAGAUUAGGCAAGCGUAGUCAGUUUUCGCUUUUCAACAGGAAUCACCAAGAAAUUGCAGCGAAGUUAAUUGAAAUAUUUUUGAACGCACCCAGUGAAGAUCUUUUCAUAUCCACGUGCGCUUACUGUAAAGAUCGGGUGAAUCCUUUCUUGUUUCAGUACUGCUUUUCGGUGGCCGUUCAACACAGAGCCGAUACAAAGAAUUUCCCAAUAAAACCAAUUGCUGAAACAUUUCCACAAAAUUUUGUGGAACCAUCCGUUUUUCAAGAAGCUCGUGCGGAAAGUGAAGUGGUCACAGAUCAAGGAACCCGGCGUCACAUUAUAAUUCCCCUAAACUACACCGCCUCUGAUCGAGAGAAAGAACAACGAUUGGCAUAUUUCAGGGAGGAUAUAGGCGUAAAUAGUCAUCAUUGGCAUUGGCAUUUAGUGUAUCCUGGUUAUGGUCCUUUGGACAUUGUAAAGAAAGACCGACGGGGAGAACUAUUCUAUUACAUGCAUCAUCAGAUUUUAGCUCGGUACAAUACAGAACGUUUUUGUAACAACUUAGCAAAGUUGCGGCCAUUAAAUGAUUUACGUUCACCAAUCUCGGAGGGUUAUUUUCCCAAAAUUAUGAGCAGUUUAAACAGCAGAACCUAUCCCGGACGCAACGUCAACAGUGAGCUAGCAGAUAUCGACCGUGACGAUACUCAUUUGGAAAUUUCUGACAUGAGGCGCUGGGCCGAUCGCAUAAUUGCCGCCAUUGACAAAGGAUAUGUUACAGAUUCGGAUGGGAAAGAAAUUCCUUUGGACCCGAAAAAGGGUAUUGAUAUUUUGGGAGACCUUAUUGAAGCCACUAGCCUAUCGGUCAAUCCAGAAUACUACGGAAACUUGCACAAUCAAGGUCACAAUGCUAUAUCGUUUUGCCACGAUCCCGAAGCACGUUUUCUGGAAGAUUUCGGUGUUAUGGGAGAUGUCACAACAGCUAUGCGCGAUCCCGUUUUCUAUAGAUGGCACGGAUUUAUUGAUAGCAUUUUCAACCGCCAUAAAGAGCGUCUCAAUUCAUAUGACGAAAAGGAGCUCUCAUUCAAUGGAGUUGUAAUUAAUAGUUUGGAAGUAACUUUAACGUCCGCAAGCGUAACUCCUAACAACCUCUUGACUUAUUUGGAGAGGUCAGAUGUAAAUUUAGCAGCUGGAUUAGACUUCGGUCCCAAAGGCAAUAUUUAUGCAACAUUCACACACUUACAACAUGCUCCGUUUAAGUAUGUAAUCGGAGUUACUAACAACAGAAACACGCCAAUAAAAGGCACUUGCCGCAUAUUCCUAUGUCCUAAGUCAGAUGAGCGUGGAACUCCCCUAAAUUUGAAUGAACAAAGACAAUUGGCUAUUGAGAUGGAUAAAUUCAAAGUAACCCUGGAUCCGGGUGUAAAUCAUAUACACCAAAUGUCAAGCAAUUCAAGUGUUACAAUUCCAUACGAGCGCUCUUUUCGUCCCAUUGGUCCCAACAAUCAGCCAAAAGAUCAAGAAGAGUUGCGCGAAUUUCAGUUCUGUGGUUGCGGUUGGCCUCAACACUUGCUUCUUCCCAAAGGUAAACCAGAUGGCAUGCACUUUGAUUUAUUCGUAAUGAUAUCCGAUAUGAAUGGUGACGCUGUUAAUCAGCCUGAUUUGCUGGAAAGUCGCUGCAAUGAUUCCUCAUCAUUCUGUGGCCUUAAGGACAAACUGUAUCCGGACAAUCGUUCGAUGGGUUAUCCUUUCGAUAGAAAAUUCACAAGGGAAAUUCAAUCUCUUCAAAGAUUAACAGAAAUAUAUACUAAUAUGAAAAUUGCCGAUAUAACUAUAAAAUUCAACAACGUAAUUAUUGACAAAGAAAAGUGA